CCCUCUAUGUGAUUGGGUCACUCGAGUUGCUGCAAAACCCCAAGAGUACCUUCACCAUUUCCUCAAGGGUUACUCUCUCUCACUUCAGCAAUUUAAACCUCAUUCUAACCCACUCCUUUUAAACUUUGUCUACAACAAAAAUCUUGACUAUCUAUCUAGAGAGAGAAACUAGAUAGCUAGAGAUAGAAGGAAGAGAUCAAUGGAGAGGAAGCUAGGUAUGAUGCUUGGUGAAGUGGUGCCAUGCAUGUUAAUGGUGUUAAUGGAGUUUUGCACCAUCGGUUUAACCAUCUUGGCUAGCACCGUCUUGUCGAAAGGGCUAAGCCCCUUCGUGUUCGUCGUCUACACCAAUGCACUUGCUUCCAUCUUUCUUCUACCUUAUAACACAUUCAUUAUCAAUAGAAACAAGAGAGACGAAUUUAUGCUACAAUUUCUUCUUCUUGGAUUCUUUGGGGUGACGAUGGCACAAAAUCUAGCGUUUGUUGGAUUGACUUAUAGUUCUCCAAUCGUUGCUAUUGGAAUGACCUGUUUGAUUCCAAGUAUUUCGUUUAUUCUUGCUGUUCUUUGCAGAAAGACAAACGUUGAUUUAAGAAGUUCAAGCAGUCGAACAAAACUGGUGGGUACGUUGAUAUCAAUCAUGGGAGCUGUAACAAUGAUGCUCUAUAGGGGUCCAGUGGUGAAGGACCCUUCAACUCAUCUUCAACUUGCCACUCCUCGUUUCUUUGUUUUCUUAUCCAGAAAUGAAAACUGGCUUCUUGGUUGUAGUCUUUUCGCAGCCGCCUCCUUUUCUUACUCAAUAUGGAACAUUAUACAGGUGGGAACUCUCGAAAAAUGUCCAGACGUAAUGACGAUGGCUUCUAGCUAUAGUUUAUUUGGCACAUUUCAAUCUGCAUUGCUUGCUUUGAUAGUAGAAAGAGACCCAAAUGCUUGGAGGUUGCAAUUUGACAUGGGACUCCUUGUCAUCGUCUUAACGGCGAUAUUUGGAAGUUUAAUAAAAAGCAAUGUACAUAUAUGGUGCACACGAAGAAAAAGCCAGUUCUAUGUUACUAUGUUCAAGCCUCUUGGUGUUCCAAUUGCUGGCAUGUUUGGUUGUUUUUGCUUUGCUGAAACAUUUCAUUAUGGAAGCUUGAUGGCCGCAGCGAUAACUGGAAUUGGAUAUUACACAAUGAUGUGGGGUCAAAUUAGAGAGGAUGAAAGUAGUAUGGGCAAAACAGAUUUAUCGGAAGAGAGAGCCCCUCUUUUGAAACAAGAAGAUCAGGUUUAGUUUAGACUUUUACAAAUAUGUAUGUAUAUAUUAUAAGCAAGGGUUUGUUUUAGAGGCCCCAUGAGCAUGUACUAUAUUAAAUGUACAUUACCAUAUCUAGUAUUUAGUACGAUCAAGAUUUUAUGUUUUUUUUUGAACGGUGGAUUUCUUUACUCCUGUAGUGUAGUCUGUGGGACUCGAACCCAAGACUUCCUCCUUCCAAGGUGUUUCCUAGUUUUCUUAUUUGUGAUCAUAUGUAAUUACUUAGAAUAUUUUGUUACUAUUGGAGCUUUUGGUGUAUUUGAUGAUUUAUGAUGAAAACAAA